AAGAUAAAUAAAGCCAUAAAGGAUGCUUUGAGUCAGCCAGAAAGGUGGAAAGGAGAGGGGCCCAGAGUUGCUUCAGGACCCUGGCUGCAUUGCAGAGAGAGAGUAAGCAGGUUGGGGUGUCCUUUGAAAAGGAGGGGGUGUGUCAGCAGCAGUGGGCCAGAGGAGAUGGAGCGUCAGAGGAGGAGAGAGGAGGACAAGGAUUUAGGUUCCGAACCGGGGAUGCAGUAAGAAGCAGGUUCUGCAGCAAAGCAGAAGAUCUGAAGGACGGCUGCAGGACUGUGUCCACCGCUUUUACCCUCAGACCUCACCUUCAGGGCUAAUGGCCGGGAUCAGGAGCCAGGAUGGACAGGAACAGAGUCUGGACUAACUGCAGCCCAAAAACUGCAGAGAGAAGGACUGCAGCGGCUGAACAGCUCGAUCAAUCCCAGCUCGGGGGGUGGAGGGGCUUCAUGCCCCAUGACGAGACCCGUCCUGAGAGAUAGAGGGGGAGGAGGAGGCUGGCUCCCCAGGCAGGGAGGAGGGUGGUGGUGUGAGCUGCCAGCUGUAUUUUUGGAUGUGGGAUCUCCUGAAUUAAGUGAGCAAGCUGGAAUAAGGAUUUAGUGUGAGCUGAAGGAGGGAGGAGGCAGAACAAGGAGAGCACUGUGCUGAGGAGAGGAGAAGGCUGGACGUCCCGGCUGGAAGGACGGAGAUCUGGGGGGGAGACAAAUACAGAGGGUUCACUGGAUCAGGAAGAUGCCCUCUCGCUGCAGAAAUGCGCUGAACAUUGUGGUCACCACCCUGUUUGCUGCGGUGGUCCUUUUCACCAUCCUACUGGCCUACAUCACAGGUUACCAGUUCAUCCACACCGAGCAGCACCACCUCUCCUUUGGCCUCUACGGUGCCUUCCUCUCCCUCCACCUCUUACUCCAGAGCCUAUUUGCCUUCCUGGAGCAUCGGCGAAUGAGGACCCCGGCCCGGCCUCAGCACCUCCGUCGCUCCGUGGCCCUCUGCAUUGCAGCGUAUCAGGAAGACCCGGACUACCUGAGGAAAUGUCUGCGGAGUGUCAGGCGGAUCUCUUUCCCAGGCCUGAAGGUGGUGCUUGUGGUGGACGGGAACCGACCAGAGGACCGCUACAUGAUGGACAUUUUCCAGGAGGUGAUGGGUGGGGCUGACCAGGCUGGCAGCAUGGUGUGGAAAGGGAACUUUCACAGCGAUGGUGUAAAAGCAGGAGGAGUGGGGGGCGGGAGGAGGAGUGUGGUGCACAUGGAAGAGGCGGCCCAGGUUUCUCGGCUGGUCAGGGGGCGCCGCUACUCCUGCGUCAUGCAGAAGUGGGGAGGGAAAAGAGAGGUGAUGUACACGGCAUUCAAAGCUCUGGGGGACAGUGUGGACUAUGUUCAGGUGUGUGACUCUGACACUGUCCUGGACCCAGCGUGCACUAUUGAAAUGCUCAAGGUCCUUGAGGAGGAUCCAACAGUGGGAGGAGUCGGGGGAGACGUACAGAUCCUCAACAAGUACGACUCGUGGAUCUCGUUCCUGAGCAGCGUACGCUACUGGAUGGCCUUCAACAUCGAGCGAGCCUGUCAGUCCUACUUCGGCUGUGUCCAGUGCAUUAGUGGCCCUUUGGGGAUGUACAGGAACUCCUUGCUGCAACGCUUCCUGGAACCUUGGUACCAUCAAACCUUCUUGGGCUCCAAGUGCAGCUUUGGUGACGACCGCCACCUGACAAACCGGGUGCUCAGCUUUGGCUACAAGACCAAAUUUACAGCACGGUCGCAGUGUCAGACGGAGACACCCACACAAUAUCUGCGCUGGCUCAACCAGCAGACCCGAUGGAGCAAGUCUUACUUUCGUGAAUGGCUCUACAAUGCCCUCUGGUUCCAUAAGCACAGUCUGUGGAUGACCUAUGAGUCUGUGGUCACCGGAUUCUUCCCCUUCUUUCUGGUUGCAACAGUCAUCCACCUGUUCUACCGCGGUCGCCUCUGGAACAUUCUGCUCUUCUUACUGACGGUGCAGCUGGUUGGGAUGGUGAAGGCCACCUAUGCCUGCUUUCUCCGUGGAAGUCUCGUCAUGAUCUUCAUGUCUCUCUACUCUCUGCUUUAUAUGUCCAGCCUGCUCCCUGCCAAAAUAUUUGCUCUGCUAACCAUCAACAAGGCUGGAUGGGGAACUUCUGGACGCAGAAAGAUCGUGGUCAACCUCAUUGGUGCUGUGCCGGUCACAGUUUGGGCUCUGGUGCUGCUCGGGGGGGUGGCAUAUACCGUCUACUGUGAAACCCAGGAGCCAUUCAGCGAAACAGAGAAGGCUUUGUUGAUAGCAGGGACAGUACUGUAUGCCUGCUACUGGCUCAUUCUGCUGGUCCUCUAUUUGGCCAUUGUAGCUAAACGAUGCAACAAGAGAGAGGAGCAGUAUCACUUGCCAUAUGCAGAGUCUUGAACAACAGCGAUGACAUAGACAUCCGUCCCCAGAUACAUAAAGGUCUGACUCUGGUAAGGUAGAGCAAAGAGCUCGGAUCUUCAUCACUGGUGCUACAAAGACGUCAGUCUUAAUUACAAGAGACGGUGCUUUCCCCUAAUUUUAUUCAGGUCAGAGAGCAUUCAGAUGGAUAUUUAUGUAGGCUUUCAGGGACGGCUAGUGACAGACAUUUAAUCUGAAAUGAGAAAACUGAGUUAAGAUUAGUCAGCUGUUUUAGAUUAGAGGAGGAUGCCUCAAAGAACUGGAAAGAAGAAAUCUACUAAGCUGCUCUGAUCUAAGGGUUCUGCAAGUCUGAUUUAAGAAAGAAUGAAGAAGACAAAAUAAAAAGAGUAGAGAGAAGGGAGAAAUAAAGAAAACAGCCUUAUGAUUCACUUUCUGAACAACUUGAUGCAGGAACAAAAGCUUUGGGUGAGACGCUGGUAGUUUAUCUCGGCACCACAUAGUGGUCAUGAGUUGCUGUAUUCCUUCCUCCAUCACUUUCUACUUGUUCCUUUUGACAGAACUACCCAGAACCAAGAUGGAAAAACAAGAAUCUUAGAAUAUAGGUGCUUAGAUUUCCAGAAUCCACCUCCAAACUUCUGGAAACACAAACAAUCUGAAGGAGACUACUAUGGAACCAAGCAGUCACAUAGGUAUUGAGAGUGCAGAACCA